AUGGAUGAAAGAGGAAAAGCAGGCGCGCUUGGGUUAAAAGAGUCAAGCUGGCCUGAACCCUUUCCAGGUGCAAGUGCACACGGCCAGGAAAACCCGGCAGGCGCGCUCGGUUGCACAGCGCUAGAGUACUCGGGGGCUGGGCGGCCUGGGGGCGUGACUGCGGAAAGCGCAGCCAGGACGGUUCGCUACGUACCUGAGAGUUCUGUGGGCGGAGCAGAUGCCUGCGGAUUACAGUUGCGCCGUUGGAGGGAGAUGGGCCGAAAGCAACGCUGGGGAGAGAAGGCUGCCUGUGGGAGCUUGCGGACGCUUGGCCGCGGGAAUGGCAGAAAAGGCAGCGAUGGGCGGAAGGUGCACGCAGGGUGGUGCAGGUGCGAGCAGCUGUCUCAGAGAGGGAAAGCGAUGGAGAGAUUGGGAAAAGUGAAACGGGCGGCGGGCAAAUGUAUUUUCAAGCCUGCAGCACUCUGGUCGACGCCAGACGGGCUGCCGGUGGGUGCAGGCCCCAGGGUGACUGGGGUGGAGGCGCUUGAGCUCGCACCCCCCUGGUCGUUGCUGAACUGCCCUCGCGCGCUCGAGGGAGCGCGGGCGAGAGGGCAGCGUCGUGGAAAAGGCGCUCGUCGCAAGACGACUGCACUGGCACUGCCAGCCGUGCUGUUGACCUUGGACUGUACCUUGUCCACUCCGUUCGAGCUGUCAGUCUGCUUUGAGAUGAGCAGCAGCGGGCACUUCCCCCCAUCAGCCAGAGGCCGUCUGUUCUCGGGUCAAGCACCACCACCCUCGGCUCGACACGUCCACCAAUUGCAUUUUGCCGUCAGGCACACGCAUCCACUCCUUGCGUCAAAUCACACGCCGCCGUGGGCCGUUAGCGGAUGA